AUGGCCAAUGUAAGUACACAAAGUUGGCCAAGAUUUGUACACAUAGCUGACCAAUUGUCCACAUCUUCUCUGGGCAGAGAGAGCCGGUCGUGUUAUGAAGAUUGCCACUGUCAGAACGACAACUACUUGGCCGUGUGCGGGGAUAACGACUUGACUUACUACUCACCGUGCACGGCAGGGUGCACGAGCCAAAGGGAAGGGACAUUCAGGAACUGCUCCUGUACACCCAGUGGUAAUGCCAACAGUGGUACCUGUAAAUAUGGUUGUGGUCAGCUUUACCUGUACAUCUUCUUUCUUGGCGUUCGCGUCUUCUUCCUGUCUUUGACGAUUGUUCCAACGUUGGUCGUUAAUAUCUGGUGUUCGCGGAAGGAAAAUAAAGAUCUUGCGGCUGAGCUUUAUUCGCUGUUGUUCGCUGUAGCAGGUUCUAUCGGACCUAUCGCCUUUGGUCACAUGAUCGACGAGACCUGUCUCAUCUGGGACCACCACUGCGGGGUCAAAGGUCGCUGCCUGCUGUACGACCACAAGCAAUUCCAGCUGUGGUUCCACGCCUACACCUCCGUGCCCAUGGCCAUGUCCCUUGUGUUUCUGGUAAUGGCCUACACGUUAUGCCGAUGGAACUCUGACACCGAGUACAAACAGUACAGAAAAAACCCCACGGUCAUCGCCACGAUAAAUAUUGCCAUUGUUAAAUAUGAAAAUGACAACCUAGGAACGCCUGUGUAAUGGUUAUCUAUUGUCCCGGUUACUAUAAAAUCUUAUGAAAGCCUUAUAAAAAAAAAACAUCAACUAUAUUUAAAUGUUUAAAAAAGUCAUCGAAAAAAAAGCCAUAAAAAAUAAAUAAAGAUAUUCUUUGUCUAAAUGAAAGUUGAAAACUAGUCGUUGUUGAUUAUGAGAUAUUUUUGUGUAAUAUGACCUAUACACAUUUUUAUAAGAUUAGGUUUGUGUUAAAAGGAUUAGUUAAACAAAAAAAAGACAUACUAUAUUUGGAGACUGAAUGAAAAAAAAAGUUAUUAUAAACUU